ACAAGCUGAAAAGCGAAUCGAAGACGAAAGAGAAAAGAAGGGACGAAAGAGCUGCAAAAGCUUUCUCUAAACAAGUAAAAACACACACAUACUGCACACACCAAAUUUCCUUUCCCCAGACUAUGUACAGUCCACACACCACCUCAUUAUCAAAUUCCCCUUUCUCUCUCUCUCUCCUCAAAACAAACAGGAUAAAAACAAAGUUAAGCCAAAUAUAAUUACUCCCUCCCACGCCCUUCCCCAACCCCCCACCACCCACCCACCCACCCACCCACCCACACACUGCGCUGCUUUGGGGACUGCAAGUGCAAGCUUGCUUUGCAGCUCUCAAAGCUGCAAUCCUCAACCCCUAAAAACAUUUAUAUACUAUUCCCUCUCUCUCUCUCUCUACAUAAACCAAAACACACAUGCUCUUCUUCAUUCUCUCCAAAAAAAACCUAGCUACCUGAGAAACCAAAAAAAAUGAUCACCGGAGCCGAUUUCUACCACGUGAUGACGGCGGUGGUGCCGCUGUACGUGGCCAUGAUGCUGGCGUACGGGUCGGUGAAAUGGUGGAAGAUCUUCACUCCGGACCAGUGCUCCGGCAUCAACCGGUUCGUGGCCCUCUUCGCCGUGCCGCUGCUGUCGUUCCACUUCAUCGCCAGCAACGACCCUUACAAGAUGAACCUCCGGUUCAUCGCCGCCGACACGCUGCAGAAGCUGAUCGUGCUGGGCGUGCUGGCCGUGUGGGCGAACGUGAGCAAGCGCGGGUGCCUGGAGUGGACCAUCACGCUCUUCUCCCUCUCCACCCUCCCCAACACCCUCGUCAUGGGCAUCCCUCUUCUCAAAGGAAUGUACGGCGACUUCUCCGGCUCGCUUAUGGUGCAGAUCGUCGUGCUGCAAUGCAUCAUUUGGUAUACUCUCAUGCUCUUUAUGUUCGAGUACCGCGGCGCCAAGCUCCUCAUCUCCGAGCAGUUCCCCGACACCGCUGGCUCCAUCGUCUCCAUCCACGUCGACUCCGACGUCAUGUCGCUCGACGGCCGCCACCCGCUCGAGACCGAGGCGCAGGUGAAAGAGGACGGGAAGCUGCACGUGACGGUGAGGAAGUCGAACGCGUCGAGAUCGGAUAUCUUCUCGAGGCGAUCGAUGGGGUUCUCGUCCAACACGCCGCGGCCGUCGAACCUCACGAACGCCGAGAUCUACUCGCUGCAGUCGUCGCGGAACCCCACGCCGAGGGGCUCCAGCUUCAACCACACGGAUUUUUACUCCAUGAUGGGGGGCGGCCGGAACUCCAACUUCGGAGCCGCCGACGUAUCGCGGGGGCCGACGCCGCGCCCCUCCAACUUCGACGAGGAGAGCGGGAACAACAAGCCCAGGUUCUAUCCGGCCAGCGGCGGCGGCAACGCGCAUUACCCGGCGCCGAAUCCUGGGAUGUUUUCUCCUACCUCGAAGGCGGCGGCGGCGGCGGGUAAGAAGCCGAACGGGCAGCAGCAGAAGAAUGAGGAAGGCGGGAAGGAUCUUCACAUGUUCGUUUGGAGCUCCAGCGCUUCUCCUGUUUCGGAUGUGUUUGGUGGCCAUGAUUAUGGCGCUGCGUUGGAGCAGCAUGGUAAAGAAGUUAGGGUUGCUGUUUCUCCCACCAAAGUGGAGGGACAAAGAGACAAUCAAGAAGAUUAUCUAGAGAGGGAUGAUUUCAGCUUUGGAAACAGAGGUGGGGAGAGAGAGAGUGGAGAUAAAGUGGGAGAGAACAAAUUGAAAGUGAUGCCCCCAACAAGUGUCAUGACAAGGCUGAUCUUGAUCAUGGUUUGGAGAAAACUCAUCAGAAAUCCAAACACCUACUCAAGCUUGAUUGGGUUAACAUGGUCUCUAGUUUCAUUCAGGUGGCACGUUGAAAUGCCUGCAAUUAUAGCCAAGUCCAUAUCUAUACUGUCAGAUGCAGGCCUUGGCAUGGCCAUGUUCAGUCUAGGUCUGUUCAUGGCAUUACAGCCGAGGAUCAUAGCAUGUGGGAAUUCGGUGGCGACUUUUGCAAUGGCUGUGAGAUUCCUUACAGGACCAGCUGUCAUGGCAGCCGCUUCCAUUGCUGUUGGCCUUCGCGGUGUUCUUUUGCGGGUCGCCAUUGUCCAGGCUGCUCUACCGCAAGGAAUUGUCCCCUUUGUUUUCGCCAAGGAGUAUAACGUACACCCUGACAUUCUCAGCACGGGGGUGAUAUUUGGGAUGAUAAUCGCGUUGCCAAUAACUCUGUUGUACUACAUUUUGUUGGGGCUAUGAAGUGAAAAAGCAUGUCGAAAGAGUAGUGUAUUUAACAUUGAGUAUUUGGACAUGGACACAUCUUUGAGGCAGCCACAAAAAGAGAGGGCCAUGGAUCCAUUAGAUUCAUUUGUGUUUUUCUAGUGAAAAAAGAAAAGGUGUAAAGUCAUGUCUGUAGCUCAUCUUUCAGGAAAAAGGAAGAAAAAAAAAAUGAUGGUUAAUUAGUUUUUCUAAUA